CCCACUCCACCGAGUCUUCGCACGCUCCCUACACAUUCGCGUGUUUAUUACUUAUUAUAAUUACAACUAAUUAUGACGAUGACUUGGUGAUCGACUAUUGUCACUCCCGUUAGUAGCCGGCGUGCUGACCAGUAUUGGUGACCCCCACGAUCCCUUGAGUUGGUUACUGAUGUGGGGGUUAAGUUAAAGUAGGACAUGUUUACGAAUAAACAGUAUUGUUAGUGUUAGAAAAUGUUUGUGUUGGUGUGUUUAUUAUUGUGUGUGUGCGCGCGUGCUCAAGAUCAAAUAGUUGUUGAAGUCAUUAGGCUGCAGUACGAGCAGACGCACACGCUGGUGGUCAACCGCUCCGUGGAGUAUGUCGUCGAGUUCGUCCCGACACAGCAGCAGAUGGUAUGGCCGGCGCGGGUCACGGCGCGCGUGUCCGCCGGCGACGUGGCGCGCCCCGUGCUGCUCACAGCCCGACAGCGCUCCGGAGCGACGACGUGGCAGCUCCCGUACCUCCACGAGCAGCGGCUGCUGUACGAACUCACGCGCACGCUGUGUCCCGACGGCGCGGGCGGCGAUCAAAUUGACUCCGAACACUGCGAUGGCGACGACGCCGUGCGCGGGUUCACGCUGCACGUGGGGUCCACGUGCGCCGCGCCCGUGGAGGUGACGCUGCGCGCCGACCCCGCCAGGGACUUCCUCAUCCAGUACGACAGCGGCAGCACCUUCCAGAUCACACAGACGGCACCUCUGGUGGCGCUGUAUCGAUGGCCCGCGAACCAGCAUCGAGCAAGACUGAUCGUCAGCGCCGAGGAUGAAGCCUGCGCUACCGUCUCCGUACAAAAUUAUACGUGCCCAAUCGCGCAAACGUUUGAAGAGAUAGAGAUAACCGGUCUUAGGAUGACCGUGGAGAAAUCAGGAGCUGUGCAACUAACACGCAGCUCAUACCCAUACGGGUUCCUAGUAAUAGCAGUGGUCCGCGCCGACCAGAGGCCGUGCCGCGGAGACGACACCGGCAACGACCCCGACUGGCUGAUAGAGACCGCCAUCUGGGGGGAGGAGGUCGAGAGCGACUACGUGCCCACCACCAAGACUAUCACCUUCACUGUCAAGGCAGCGUUGUCGCGCGGGCAGUACGUGCUAGCGACGUGUGUGACUAUCGCGAUAUUCCUGGUGUUCUACGUGGGGUUCGGCGCGCUGGUGCUGGCGCGGCGCUGGGAGCCGCUCUCACGCCGCAUCGGCUCGCUGGCCGUGCUGGCCCCCGACGUGACGGACGGUCAACCAUCGCAGACAGACGCGAGUGUCUCAGCCGCUUCCCCGCCACGACGACGAAGAGACUCCACGGCCACGUUCGACAGCAGCGACAACAGCGAUACAGACUCUGAGGAGGAACCAGCGAGCUCGCCAACUACCCCCGCCUCGCACCCCGCAGUCCCCGCCCCCUCACCCGGAGCUUCCGUCCCUCCCGCCAGCUCCACUCCUGUCACGUCUCCCAAAGUCACUGCCCAGUCGGCAUCCCUGGUCAACUCUCCCGUAGGCUCUCCCGAAAUUAUCCUCCGAUCGGAUGCUCCCAACGGAUCAGCAGUAGUUCCUGACCCUUCGGCUGGUCCUACUCCACUAUCUAGUUCCUCGCAGGAAACCACAACUGAUAGUAAUGGACGAGUUCUAAAUGAAAGUAAUGUCCAGGAGGCAGCAGGAAAUGCCAGACCACUCUCAGAAGCGGACCGGCCAUUCGGUCUGCCGGCACAACUGCGGCUCGCGGCCCUCGCCCGGCGCCGGGCGCGCGUGCUCCGCGCCCGCUCCGACCGCUACCUGCACACGCUCUACACCGUGGCUGUCUUCUACGCGCUGCCUGUGGUGCAGUUCGUGGCUGCCUUUCAGAUGAUCAUGAACGUAUCGGGUUCCCUGGACAUCUGCUACUACAAUUUCCUGUGCGCGCACCCGGCGGGGGCGCUGGCGGACUUCAACCACGUCUACUCCAACCUGGGCUACCUGCUGCUCGGCGCUCUGCUGAUGAUACAAGUGCGCGCGAGGCGGCAACGCCGCAUCAAGAAGCCUAGGCAUGAGGAGUACGGUAUCCCGGCGCAUUACGGUCUCCUGUCGGCGCUGGGUGCGGGCAUGAUGGUGGUGGCGCUGCUCUCCGCCAGCUACCACGUUUGCCCCAACGGGCUCAACUUCCAGUUCGAUGUGGCGUUCAUGUACGUGCUGGCAGUACUGAGUAUGGUGAAGAUCUACCAGGCGCGCCACCCCGACGUCAACGCGCGCGCACACGCUACCUUCGGAGUACUAGCCGUGCUCAUCGCCAUUGUGGUGUGGGGCGUGCUUGGGGGCGGCGCGCUGUUCUGGGGCGCGGCCACGGUGCUGCACGUGUUCGCGGUGCUGCUGCUGUCGCUGCGCAUCUACUACGUGGGCCAGUUCCGCCUCGAGAAGCAGAGUUUGUUCGUGGCGGCCCGCGGGCUGCAGCCGCGCUCGCGGCCGCUGUACGCGGCGCGGCUGGUGCUGCUGCUCAUCGCCAACGCCGUCAACUGGGUCUUCGCCAUUUACGGACUAUUCAUUCAGGUAGCGGACUUCGCGUCGCACCUGCUGAACGUGCUGCUGGCCAACACGCUGCUGUACAUGCUGUUCUACCUCACCAUGAAGCUCAUGCACGGCGAGCGCCCGCGCUGGUACGCGUGGUGCUACCUGGGCGGCGCGGUGGCGGCGUGGGCGCCCGCGCUGUACUUGUUCACGGCGGGCUCCACCGACUGGGCCGCCCCGCCCGCGCAGAGCCGCCACAAGAACCACGAGUGCAUGAUAAUGGAUUUCUACGACUCGCACGACCUGUGGCACAUGCUGUCGGCGGCGGCGCUGUACCUGUCGUUUGCCGCCAUGCUCACGUGGGACGACGGGCUGUCCGCCGUGCGCCGCACCAACAUCGCCGUCUUCUAACACUUCGCAAUAAACUCUCUAAUAUUCA